AAAGCACGUCCUCGCUGUGAGAGGUUGGACAAGAUGCAGAGAUGUGGUGAAUCCGGAGGUGCCGUCUGAAGAGGAGCUGCAGACUGUUCUGUCUCAAGACAGCCACAGAACAUACUUCAGUGUCCAAAUCAUGGCACAAGCUUUAAAUGUUGCCUGUUCAUCUAGAUCAAAGCAGAUGUUGAUGGCGGGUGGAGGAGACCAGUUGGCAUGUCAAAGGCUACAGCCAUGGCAGCUUCACCCUUUCUUAAGAGAAACCCGGUUGUUGAACACUUCCAUGGGCAGACUGUAUUUGGGUGAGAAUGGGGAGCUGCCAAUCAUGUUUGAUAUUGAGAAUUGGGUGGUGCUUCCAAAUGAGUCUUGUGUUAGAGUGAAAAUUGGGAGUAUAGAGAGAGAGGCAUCCACUGACUUCAAGCUCACCAUUAACCCAGAAGCUAUUGUGUGGCCCAAGUGGUUCAACCAGACUGUGCCUCACGCCAGGUGUACCAAAAGGUGUCGCCCAGGAUAUGCCAAGGUGGUUCAAGAAGACAAGCCGGUUUGCUGCUACGCUUGUGUUCCGUGUGGGGAAGGGACCAUAUCUACACAGGAAGAUGCAGAGCGUUGCACCAAAUGUCCAGAAGAACAAUAUCCAAACAAGGACCGAGAUCACUGCAUUCCGAGGAUUAUCACCUUCCUAUCAUAUAAAGAAUAUUUGGGGAUUAUCCUGACUUCUUUGGCUCUCUUCCUGUCCUUAACCACAGGCUUUGUUGUAGGGAUCUUCAUUAAAUACAAGGAAACUCCCAUAGUCAAAGCCAACAACAGGGACCUCUCCUACAUCCUCCUUGUCUCCCUCCUGCUGUCCUUCUUGUCCUCUUUCCUCUUCAUUGGCCGUCCCAGGAAAGUCACCUGCCUCCUUCGACAAACGGCCUUCAGCACCAUCUUCUCAGUUGCUGUAUCUUCUUUGCUGUCCAAAACCAUCAUGGUGGUGCUGGCCUUCCUGGCCACAAAGCCAGGGAACAAGGUGAGGAGAUGGUUAGGGAAAAGUCUGGCCAACUCCAUUGUCAUUUCCUGCUCCAGUGUCCAAAUGGUCAUUUGCAUCAUUUGGCUGUGUAUCUCUCCCCCAUUCCCAGACUCUGACAAGCAUUCCCAGCCCGGAGAGAUCACCCUGCAAUGCAAUGAAGGGUCUGUUGCCAUGUUUUAUGCUGCCCUGGGUUACAUGGGCUUCCUGGCUGCCAUCUGUUUCACGGUGGCUUUCCUGGCCAGGAAGCUGCCUGGGGCCUUCAAUGAAGCCAAGCUGAUCACCUUCAGCAUGCUGGUCUUCUGCAGCGUUUGGGUCUCCUUUGUGCCCACCUACCUGAGCACAAAGGGAAAAUACAUGGUAGCUGUGCAGAUCUUCUCUAUCUUGGCUUCUAGUGCUGGGCUUCUGGGCUGCAUCUUCAUUCCCAAAUGCUACAUUCUUGUGCUGAGGCCUGAUCUGAACACAAAGGAACACCUGGCCACAAAACCUAAAGUUGUUGCCUGA